GCAUCGACCGGGUUUAGUCGAUUUGUUCUCAGAACUGUAACAUCGUGAAAUGACAAAGACUAAAAAAAACAUGUAAAUUCUAACAGAAAAUCGGAAUAGAAUAUGUUAAGAUAAAGUGUCAAGAUUUUUUUAAACGUUUUUAAAAUACGUCCAUUCUAUUUUAAAUCGUGUCCGACCUCGAUCGUGUUUAUUUAUGUUUUGUGAGUGGGUAUCUUUGUGUGUUUGUUUUGCAAACAGAUAGUUUACCCUACAAUAAGAAAGUUUGUGCAUUAAAAUGAAUAAAAUGCAAUGAUAGUAAUAUGGUUACUGCUGUGAGGAUCGCUAGGGUAGCGACAUGAUGUGGAAGGUGGUUGUGUUCUGUGUGCUGGUGGGUGGAGGUGUGACUACGGGACAGUCAUGGCUUGAUAACAUAACCGACAAUCUUCUGGAAGGCACGUUGAGGGAGAUGCAGACAUCGGUCGUGAACUACUCGAAGCCGGUGAUCAAUGUAACGUACAUGGCUGAUUUCGAAUUCGACAUGCGAGCUAUGGGACACCUCUACAACUCCACUCAUAUGAUCAUAGACUUUAUUGCUAACAAACAGGCGUACCCUGAAGGGAUUGUGUCUGUAUCCGACGGGCACGUGGAGUUUGCAUCACCUCGGGAAGAAUGGCGCACCCUGCUCGCGCACUACGCAGGCCCGGUGGCGGUGGCGGUCGUUGUGUUGCUGCUGGUUGUGCUGCUACCGCUUACUGGGUUGUUCUGGUGCUGUUGCCAAUGGUGCAGAGUGGGGCGUCGUCGCAGACCUUUUGAUCGAAAAUAUGACGCUUGUCUUAAGGGUAUCCUGGCGAUCGUGUUCAUCGGUCUCCUUACAUUGUUCCUGUUCGGGGUGGUGUGCGCUUUCGCGACGGACUCUCAGAUAGAGAGCGGCUCAAGCGCCACACCAGAGGCUUUGCGUGGUGGUCUGCGUGACGCGCGGUCGUUUCUCGACGCGACGCAAGCGCACGCGCGCCACUUGCUCGUUGACAACUACCGCGAGUUGGAGGAACAGCUGGCGGCCACGCUGACGGGAAGCGGCCGCGCCGUGCUGCGCAAGCUGGACGACUUUACGAGUGCCACGUCCGUGCGUAAGCUGAGCCAUAUGGCGGCGCAGCUGGAGCGCGUGCCGUCCGAAUUGCGUUCAGUUCAGCGUGCCACAGCGGAUCUGCGUGCGAGUGCAGAGGAGCUCAAUGCUGGUCUGCGCCAAGUAAAGUCCUCGCUAUUACGCACGUUGGCGCGCUGUCAGGAGCGUCAGUGUGUGCAGCUGCAGGAGAAGUACAAAAUAGGACAGCUCGAUACAGACAUACAGUACAACAAGAUCCCGGACGUUUCGGAGCUGCUGCACAACGUGACGCAGCUGGUGGACGGCGACAUGCGCACCGAGAUCGCGGCCGGGCUGGAGGUGUUUACGGGCAUCAAGCGCACCGUGGACCAGCACAUCCCGCGCGUGCGCGACUCCAUCACCGCCACGGGGCAGCGCCUGGCGCGCGUAGCCGACGAGCUGACGUGGGCGGCCGGCAACGCCAGCGAGCAGCUGGGCCGCUCGGGCGCGCCCGAGGCGGUGCAGGACGUGCUGCGGCGCUACGGGCCAUACCGCAAGCACGUGACGCGCGCCGGCGCCGCCGCGCUGCUGGUGGUGGUGUGCAUCAUGUCGUGGGGGCUGGUGUGCGGCGUGUGCGGCAAGCGCCCCGACGCGUACGGCGCCAGUGACUGCUGCAACAAAGGCGCUGGCUCCUCCUGUCUACUCUGCGGCAUGUGCGUGACGUUCGGUAUCGGCGGCGGCAUCGCGCUCAUGCUGCUGGUCUACUUCGCGGCCGGACUCGCUGCCCAGCGACUCGUCUGCGAUCCUCUCACUGAGCCGCGAGACAACCGCGUGUUCGCGGACGUAGAACGCUUCGUGCAGCUCGAACGAGUGCUGUACGAGGAGCGCCUCGACCCGGACUUUAACCUGACGUCGGUGCUGCUGGACUGCCACCGCAACCGCACCAUCUACCGCACGCUGCAGCUGCACCGGCGCUACGACCUGCAGGCGGUGCGCGAGGAGACGGCGGCGCAGGUGGCGGCCAGCGUGGCGGCGCUGCGCACGGACUACCCGCCGCGCGGCCGCCCGCUGCGCAUCCUGUCGCCCGCCGCGCGCCGCAAGCUGGACCUGCUCGCCGACACCGGCCUCUCCGACUUCGACUUCGACCGCAUCCUCUACGCGUUGGAAACGAACAUGACAUCUCUCUCGCUGGACGGGCUCUCCGCGCAGCUGGAGAGUACGGCGCGAGCGCUGGCCCCGCGCGGGGGCUUCGCGGAGGUAGCGCGCGACCUGCGCAGCGCGGCAGAGCACCUCGCGAGACUGCACCGCGACGUCGUGCGGCCCAUGCUGCAGCGCACCGCGCAGCUCAACGCUACGGCGUCGGAGCUGCGUGACGUGUUGCGCUUCAACCAGUCGUCCCUGAAGGAGGCCAUUCACUACCGGAUUCGCGAUACGACCGAAGUCGAGCUUUUCCUGAAUACACAGGGACCCGAUCUCGUUCAGAACCUGACGCGCGACUUCGCGGAGACCAUGGGCGCGCGGCUGCAGGAGUACCUGUCGAUGGUGACGGACGCGGUGCAGUCGGACGUGGGGCGCUGCGGGCCGCUGUCGCACGCCUUCAACUCGACGCGCGACGCGGCGUGUCGCGCCGUGCUCAUGCCCGUGAACGGCUACUGGAUCUCGCUGGCUUGGUGCGUGGUGCUGUUCGCGCCUCUGCUGGUGGUGGCGCAGAAGCUGGCGCGUCUGUACCGCCAUCCGGACCCGUACCCCGGACCGCUCGUCGAGGCCGAGUAUUUGUAUGACGCGUACGCGGACCGCGAUAACGUACCCCUCGCCAACGCGUACGCCGCAGAGAAGCGAAGCGGGCGCACGCGCGCGCGCGAGAGCGAGACGGCCGGCGCGUCGCACGCCGCCCUGGCGCCGCCUCUCGACGCACACCACGCGCGCAGAUAUAAUGAUAUGGCGCCAAAGCACUGGGAAGAAGGCCCACCACGCUACCACGGACCCACUGAGUACGAGCGCCCUCCGCCAUACUACUAUCCCGGACCAAAUAAUAGACAGUAAACUCGCGCUCACUGACCUCGACGAUGACCUGCUGAAGUAUUAAACCGUGCGACGCGACCGACAGUCGCAUCGAUACACACCGACACUAUAUUUCUAUACAUCGAGGGCCGUUUCAAUGAAGAUAAUCAACAUCCACGAAAUUAAUGUAGAACGAAAAAAAAAAAUAUGAAAAGGAAAAAAAAAAGUUAUAUUUUUCUAGACUAAUUAAAGUUAAGUCUAAAAACGUAUGUAUCACUUGCAUUUCUAGGCCCUCGUGUUCUAUAAAGUAUAUUGUAACUUAUAAUGUAAUAUUGAUAAUUAUAUAGAUGUACGGUGUUGGAGUUCGGUUCUCGAUCACAGUAACUGCCAUAUUUGGACUGUUUCACGUUUUACUCCGUUAGCUGUUUUAUAUAAUUUUAUAUACAUGGUGUAUUCUAUCGAGCACGACUAUCAUGGCGAUUAUUAGUUUCAAUAAGAGAAAGUGUGGCUGUUGCAUUAUAAUCCGCAUUUUUUUAGGUAAAAAUUAUAAAGAUUUAUGUGUAUGAUAGUCGUUUAUUUUAUCUCGAUAGGAUACGCUUGUUUCUGGCUCAAUAAUAAUAAUUAUUAUAGUGUUUUUCGACCAGAAUAUCGUUGGCUUUAAAUGAUUUCUGAAUGCUUUAUGUUCGUCGUAAGUCGCGGAGUCUCCGCACAAACAUAUGUCUGAAUACGAGAGAUUACGUUAGCUUCGAUCACAUAUUUAUAUAAUUAAAUUCGUUUAGGGUUUAUACACAAGUGUGAUAUAGAGAUGAGAGGGCGCCUCCCUAGAGUGCGUGCUUAGUAAGUGGUGUGGUGGUGCACUGAGCGAGUACAUUGAGGGUGCAGAAUCGUUGUUAGUGAAAUGUUGAAGUGACUCUCCGUUUGGACUUUAUAAUAAAGACCGAUUUAAUUCAGGAGAGUGGGACAAGGGUUUACUCGCUCGUUGUUAAAGCGAGAUUUGAAUGCAUUUAUUGUGAAACUAGUAUUAUGAAAUUUACUCUUUACUAUGUAGUCGGUAGUUGUAAGUAAAUAUGUAAGUAAUUAUAGGUAAUAUAAAAAAAACGCCGCGCCAAAUGAAAUACUCCGACGUUUAAUACGAUAGCUAACAAUUAUAUAACAUCUUAUAGAUUAGUAAAUGUAUUUAGGAUAAUGGAAUGCGGCCGGUCGCAGCACGCCCCCCUCCCCCUACUAAAAGUCCGGCCGUAACGCGAUCGUCGCACGACCUUCGAUGCGUCAAGUUAGUGCUAGUCCCUGUGACACUAACGCCACGUUUUAGUUUAAUUGUGAUUAUUCAUCUAGUUGAUGUUAGGUUUUAAAUCGUUGACUGGCGACUUUGUUCAAGUUAUGUGUCAUAUCGUAUUAUUUAUAGCGGUUGUACGGUUCGUCUUCGUAAUGCCAAAUAACCGAUUUUAUCCGAUCGCCUGCGAGGUGAUCGAUCGACUAAUUAGUCAGCGACUAUGUAAUGAAAUGUCCGCUGAUAUAGCAAGGUGUGGUAAAUAACAAUGAAACAGAAAACCGUACGAAUUUAUUUUCCAAUAGAGACAACUUAAACUUGCCACCUUACUUGGUCUCAGUACAGGGAUGAUCUCAAAAUAGAAAUGACAUUUAGCGAUAAAACACAAAUAAUACAGUUUGAGAAAAAAAUAAAUAGGAUUCUUGGAUCAAAAAUUGGAUUUAUUAUAAAAAAAACUUAUGUAAUCUAGACCUUUAUUAUAUUUCUAGUAUAUAAAUCCUCUGUUCUGAGGAACCCUUAGCGAAUUCUGUCUUCCUUAUAUCUCACGUGAAACUUCGGCUCAUUUUUCGUAGAACACUCUAUCGUUGGCAAAUUUCGAAUUUAUCGACUCACAGUGCUCAAUAACUAUUCGUUCUGUUAAAUGAAACUUGGUGCUAGCGAGGCAUCCAAAUAGUUUUAUUAGUUGGAAUUAUUUAGGGGCCGUAUUUUAUUAUUAUUUUUCGUGUAUAGCGAAAUUGUGUAGCGUUAAUUGGCAAGUAUGACUUUUAUUAAUAGUUUUAAGUGCCGAGUUACGGGACGACAUUUAUUGUAUAGGAAUGUUUAUCGUACAAUGUAAUGUUUAUGAGGGUGAUCUUGUAAUGUGGCACACAUGAGCGAACGUAACAUUUUUCGAUAUUAAUACACGAAUUUAAUUCAUCACGAUAAUUAUUGCUCGAUGUGUGCGUACUAUAUAUACGUAAGUUUAUGUAAAUGUACGUUUAUGUAAUUCCAAGUUUGAAGCGAAUGAUUUGUAAUGAGGUGAAGUUUUGUACGGACGUAUCACGGUCACACGUGGCUGUGCAAUCCGCAGAUCUGGACUUUAUGGACUUAUGAAGGAUUAUAAAAUAAAUAUUUGAUUAUCUCCAA